UUAGAGUCGUGUCCUCAAAGGACACUCAUUCACUCCUUUUGGUUCAGAGUCCAGACCGGAACCUAUCCAGGUGCCGAAUUAAUCGCGUUAUUUUCUAUUGCAUUGGUACUCCCUUUUUCCUCGUUACACCACACAUAAAUUUCAUUACUACUUCUCUUCCAUUUCCCUUUCUUCACCCUUCUUUUCCGCUGCGAUGUUCAUUCUCUCUCUCUAAUCCCAAUUCAUUCCCCUUUCCACAACAACUCAUUCCUCUUCGUCAUGACUGCAACUUCUCUCAUCACUAUUACUCCCGACGAGCUCAGGUUUCAAUUUGAGCUGGAAAAGCAAACAUUUUGUGAUCUUAAAGUCUUGAAUAACACACAGGACUAUGUUGCUUUCAAGGUCAAAACCACUUCUCCUAAGAAGUAUUUUGUACGGCCAAACACAGGUGUUAUACAUCCCUGGGAUUCAUGUAUCAUCAGAGUGACUCUCCAAGCUCAACAUGAAUACCCUCCAGACAUGCAAUGUAAAGACAAGUUUCUCUUACAGAGUACAAUAGUGAGUCCAAAUACUGAUGUGGAUGAUCUUCCUCAAGAUACGUUUACUAAGGAUAGUGGUAAUUCGAUAGAGGAUUUGAAACUAAGAGUCUCAUAUAUUUCUCCCACGUCACCCGAAGGAAGCUCUGAAGAUGAUGGGAAGAAUUCCACACAAAAACUUGAUUCAUCUUCUAGUCAGGCUGUACAGGUCCUGAAGGAAGAAAGAGAGACCAUUCUCAGACAAACGCGGCAGCUUCAACAGGAACUGGACAUGCUGAAAAGGCGAAGAAACCAAAGAGGCGAUCCUGGCUUUUCCUUCACCUUCGCCGUUUUUGUUGGUCUCAUCGGAUUUUUGCUUGGCUUUCUUUUGAAAUUUUUAUUCUCUUCACCAUCUACAGAAUAAUUGAAAGUUGAAACCGUUCAAAACCUUUGCAUGCAUGCAGACUUUCGGCGUUGUUCACUGUAAAAGUGUAAAGUUCUAUAUUCUUUUAAAUGAGAGAUUUUUUAUUUA